AUGAACCACACCUAUGUAUCACUUUACUUAGUAAACGCCGCCAUGGACAAUGUGUAUACUGCGUUGUCGAUAUCCUUAAUAGCUAAGCGAAGACUCGUCGUCUCAUGUGAGGACUCGUGUAAAGCAAUUCCGCAUUUUACAGCAGCUGUCUUGAAAAAUUGCGGGCUCGAGCCCGAAGAGUACACCGUGGUUGACUUGCUCCAGCACCAGACUCUAGAGGCGAUAGUCGACAAGCUGACUCUGGUUGCAAAAGACGGUAAGCGCUACUUUAAGCAGAUGAUCGUGUGGCAGAACUUACAGCGAUCUAGCCAGGAGUUGCAGAAGCAGUUGUACCAGAUGAUUCUACAAAUUGACCACUAUGAAAUGAACAAGGCCAAGUACAUGGACAACCCACCGGCCAGUGUCCACAUGGGCAAGAGCGUGGUCCAGAUUUACAAACCAGAGAUUUUUGCCAUUGUGCCAUUUCUCGAGUACCGUUUGUUUGACGAGGCGAAGCUCUACAUCUUUCUAAAGGAAAAAUUUUGGCAGAGCGUCAAUUUCCCCAAUUUCGACGAUGCAUCUAUUCCAGUCUCAGUCUCGGCUGGCUCGACCCUUGGCCCGGAUAGAUACAAGCCCACGAUCCUCGAGCUCCGAGCCAAGAUGGCGUCGGUCUUUAUAUCCCCGGAUAUCAAGGGCUACAUCUACUCCUUGAUUGUGUUUAUCCGGUGCCAUCGAAUGGCGUCGUUGGCCCCGAAACAAGUGCGGGUGCCCACCAUGACCAUGGACUAUGUCAAGGACUUUUGCCGCGCAUGGAUCCUAUGGAAAACUCACCUUUUGCAAAAGCCCACCGAGACCGAGCUUGCGUCGGCGGUUGACCGGUCAAAAACUCUGGCGCCCGCCAAGAAGGCCACUUUGACCGAAUUCACAACCAAAACCGAGCAAGAGGAAGAUCUUUUCGUCACCCCGGAAUAUGUCAAGCUUGCCGUUCACAAGAUCUGCUACUGGCUAGUUGAUUGGCAGUACAACAAGAAGUUUGCCGCUACCGACGAUCCCGAUCUCGAUGCCAAAGGUAAACUGGAAAAGGAGAUCAAAGAGGAGGAGAAACUGAUAGCAAACAAAAAGUUGGAGAUCAGCAUGCUCACGGGCGACUGGUACGGCAGUGAAUAUCUUUUCGUCAACGAGUACUUGAAGACGCAAAAGAUGGAGAAGGACUACAGCAGCCCCACCGGUUUCACUAACAAGAUUGUUGACGACUGUAUUCGAUCGGUAAGGCCCCCAUUGUAA